AUGCCUUCAUCCCUCUUCUCCACCCAAUCCACAUCUCUGUCUACCCCUCUCACUACACAUACUCCCACACCUGGGUUUGUUUCGUCUUCCCUUGGAGUGACCACCUCUGCAAGUUCUCCAGCCACAAUAUUAACCAGCCAGCCCAGCCCUAGUGGGCUCCUGACCACAGUGCUCAUGACCAGCUCUAUCACUGCCCAUUCAAGUUCUUCAGUCCUGGUCCCAGAGUCUUCUACUCCGGGACCUUCAUCCUCUGCUGGAACGUCUCUCCCCAAUCCCAGUGGCGUCUGCAGUGUGAAGGAGUGGGAGGAGGAGAUCACAUAUCAGGGUUGUACAGCUAACGUGACAGUGACCCGCUGUGAAGGCGUCUGUAUCUCCUCAGCCAGCUUCGACAUCAGCACAAGCCAAGUGGUUUCCAGCUGUGGCUGCUGCUACCCUUUGAGGACCUACAAGAAGCAACUAGUGCUGCCCUGCCCGGACCCCACUGCCCCUGGUGGCAAGUUGGUGCUCCCACUGCUAGUCUUCAGCAGCUGUGCAUGUGUUGUCUUCCUCUCAAGCAGGGUCCAGGCCUCUGAGCUCCUAGCUCACCUGCUCCUGGCUGGGGCCCGGGUGCCCCUGGAAGAUUCCAGGAGCAGGGCUGCCUGA